CCAAAAAUGGGACACGAGUGAAACUUUUGCACCAUCAUGGAAGGUUCGUUUUCCUAACCACUUCACAGGCUCCCACAGUCUGCUUAUCUACCACGUAGUCGCUCUCCUUCAUUCCAUUCAGCCAUGGCGUCAACGACCUCAACAAAAGUCGUUCACGAUUUCCACCCCUUCUUCCGCAUCUACGACGACGGCCGCGUCGAGAGAGGCAUUACCUACGUCUCCGUCCCCGCCUCCGACAACCCAGAAACCGGCGUCAGAUCCAGAGACGCCGUGGUCGUGCCGGAGCACAACGUCUGGGUCCGCCUUUAUCUUCCCCGAAUCAACGAAGACGGCCAGAAAUUCCCCGUCGUCGCAUACGUCCACGGCGGCGCAUUCGCGAUCGAGUCCGCCUCCUCCUCCACCUACGACAGUUACCUCCACUCCCUGACGGCGAAAGCAAACGUCAUCACCGUCUCGGUCGAUUACAGGCUAGCACCGGAGCACAGGCUCCCCGCCUGCUACGACGAUUGCUGGGCCGCAAUCCAGUGGGUCGCGCAGGGAUCCGACCCGUGGCUGAAAUCCCACGCGGAUCUUGACCGGGUCUUCUUCGCCGGCGACAGCGCAGGGGGGAACAUCGCGCACAACAUGAUGGCGAGAGCGGGCGGCGGAGACUGCCUGAAGCCGGCGGGGAUGGUCUUGGCGCACCCGUAUUUUGGAAACGGGAAACCCGACAAGCUGUGGGAGUUCAUAUACCCGGAAUCGUCGGGCGUGGACGACCCGAAGCAUAACCCGGCGGCAUCCCCGGGGAUUCUUUCCGGGAUGGCGUGCUCGAAGGUGAUGGUGAUCCUGUCGGAGAAGGAUUUCAUCAGAGAGGGAGGACUGAAGUACUACGAGGCGCUGAAGAAGAGCGGGUGGGGAGGAGAUCUGGAGCUCCUGGAUGUGGAAGGGGAAGAACACGUUUUCCAUUUGCAGAAACCGGAUUGUGAGAAAGCGGGUCACGUCAUGGAUCGGGUCGUCGCGUUCCUCAAUCGCGCCUAAAGUCUUGCAAGCCAUUUUGUGUGAUGUGUACUGAUAAUGUUUGGAAUAAAAUGUUUGAAAAAAAGAGGGGGUGAUUAGUGCUGUGUGCACUUAAAUGGUUUAUAAAUUACUAUUGAUGUCAUGUGCACUAUUUUAUGGACAAAAAAAAUUUGUGUGCCUAU